AUGGAGGAUGCGAAUGGCGUGAUUCCGGUUAUUGCUGAUAUUUCUCGACAAGGUGUCACGUUAAAUGAACAACAGAUAAAGGAUGUUGUCAAUGCUCAUCAUGAAUUUCACAUCGAAUUGUUUUUCUUUGAAAAUUUACCAAUUACGGAUCAGAAAACGAUCAAAAGCUCAACUUUUAACAUGGAACUCCCUAAAUUCGAUUUUGAGACAAAAAUUUGGCAUGGAGCUGUUACUGAAUAUCCAUUUGGUCAAAAAAGCUUUCAAGAAGUUGCUUACGAGAAUUUAAUGAAAAAUUUAGAACAUGUGUGUCAAAUCAGUGACGAUUCCGGCGAAAUUUAUACAUAUAAAAAAGUUUUGAAGUCAGCAAUCAGUUUAGCGAAUAAUUUAAAACUUAAAUUCAAUAUUCACAAGGGAGAUCGAGUGAUAGUUUUCAUGGAUCAUCAUCAUUAUUUGCUUCCAACUUGGUUUGGAGUAACGUUAGCUGGAGGAGUUUUGUGUCCUUAUGAAUUUACGCAUGAAGUAGUUAAGGAAGAAGUUUUAACUUUAAUUGAUCAAAUGAAACCUUCGUUGUUAAUAACGAGUGAAGGAAAGAAUUUUGAUAUUUUUGAAGAAGUGUUUCGGGAAUUGAAUUUAAACGUUAAAAUUUUAACGUAUCGCAAUAAAAUCGAAAGAAAUUUUGAGUUAAAGGAUUUGUUAGAAGACAAAGUUGAUUUCAAGAACUUUAAUUUGCCAAAAAUUGAAGAUCCAAAAAAGGAAAUUUUUGCUUUGGCGCUCUCAUCAUCAACGACAGGCAAAGCAAAAUUGAUACGGAUUUCACAUCGACAACUUUUGAUGUUCUCGGUUGUAAGUGUUUCUGAUUUACGAAUUGCAACAACGAUGCGCCCCGGAUGGCAUACCAUAACAGGCAUAACAAUGUGGAUUCUUGUACGAAAAUUAACACUCAUUACUUGUUCAACUUUCUCAAUUGAUCACUUUUUGGAGAUGCUCGAAAAGUACAAAGUUGAUGUAGCAUUCGUCAAACCAAAAGACAUUUUUGCCGCCAUCAAAAGUGAGACGAUUAAAAAAGUUUCGUUGGAUUCGUUGAAAUUAAUGUCAAGCAGCGGUGAACAUUUAAGCGAUAAAAUAUGUAAAGAAAUGCAAAACUACCUCAAAAACGGGAUUGUUGGAUCAAUAUAUGGCAUGACAGACAUUGGAGGAAUCCUUACAACGUUGGCUUAUGGUAAAAUUGCCCCAAAAAGUGUUGGAAAAAUCGCACAAAAUGUUCUAAUGAAAAUUGUUGAUACAAAUACGGGCGAAAAUUUACCGCCGGGAGAGAUUGGAGAAAUUUACGCGAAAUUUCUCUAUGCUGACUUUGCUGGUUAUUACAAAAAAUCAGAUUUAACGGAAGCUUCUCGUGACGAAGAUGGUUUCUUUAAAACGGAAGACAUGGGCUUUGUUAACAAAGAUGGCGAUGUUUUCCUCGUCGAAAGGAAAAAAUUUCUCAUAAGUUAUCGCGGAGAAUGGAUUAAUCAAAAAGUCAUCGAACACGCAGUUUUGGAUAAGAUUUCUGGAUGUGCAGGAGUGUGUUGUGUCAAUAUCGAAGACGAUGUUCAUGGAGAAAUUCCUGUUGUAGCUGUAAUUGCAGAAAAUAACAAGAACUUGAAUGAAGAGGAAAUCAUAAAAGUCGUGAAAGAAAGUCACCCGUUUCAGUUUGAGACUAAAAUCAUGUUCUUUGACUCACUCCCGAUGACAAUUUCAAGCAAAUAUCGGAAGUAUCUCGUACGAAAUUUGGUUCUUGAACGAAUGAGAGACACACAAAAAUCCCGAUAA